UGGUAUGAGUUUCGCGCCAUUUUUAUGUUAUGAAAGGUUCUCUACGAGUUGCGACUGCUGUCAGCUGUGUAUAACUACAUUUCUGUAUUUGAUUUUUGUGCGUUGAAACCGAUUAUACAUUUUUCUAACGUUUUAUAUAUGCAUUGGUAAUAUUUCAAGUGGUAUAAUCAACGGGCGAAAAAAUCUGCAAUAACAACUGACAGAUCUCGAAAUUGCACGUGUAUAACCUUAUAUAUUCGUGUUAAUAACAUUAAAAUGGGUGACGUUUCUGACUUGCUGGAUUUAUUACCGGUUUAUUACUCAAGAUUGUUUCCCUUUGCCGAUUAUCAUAGGUGGCUGAGUUAUGGAAAUACGGCUACUUUUAGCAAGAGAGAAUUCUCGUUCACCCUUUCAGACGAUAUUUAUAUACGUUAUCAAUCUUUCAACGAUCAAAAGGGGCUGUCGGAUGAAAUUAAAAGAUUACUACCACAUAAAAUAGACAUAGGAGCUGUUUAUAAUGUUCAGCCGAAAGAUCAAAGAAGAGGUCCUAAUUUUCAACCAGUGGAGAGAGAAUUGGUAUUUGAUAUAGAUAUGACAGAUUAUGACGAGGUGAGAACAUGUUGCAAAGGAGCAGACAUUUGUGGCAAAUGUUGGAAGUUUAUGUCGCUUGCUUGCAAGAUAUUAGACAAUGCGCUGAGAUUGGAUUUUGGAUACAAACAUAUUUUAUGGGUAUUCUCUGGUAGAAGAGGUAUCCAUUGUUGGGUAUGUGACUCUGCAGCGCGCAAUUUAUCAGGCCAAGUACGAACGGCGGUUGCCGAAUAUUUGCAGAUUAUAGGCGGGGGGGAAUUCAUGAAAAAGAAAGUACAUCUUACCGGCGAUAAAAUUCACCAUUCCGUCAAGCGUGCCCUCGAUAUAAUCGAUCCUGUCUUCGUCGAAAUGUGCGUUAAAGAGCAGAAUAUGUUGGGCACAGAAGAAGGAAUUGAAAAGUUUCUUCCGAUACUGCCUAAUGACGAAGAUAGACAAGAGGUAAAGGCAUUGUUUGAUAAAGAAAGUACCAGUGAAGCAAGGUGGAAUACAUUUAUACAAUUUGUCGACUCUAAACGGACAGGGGGGGAUCGAAAGUGGUAUUUGUAUCGACACUUAAUCGAGGAGAUAAAAUUACAAUAUUCAUAUCCAAGAUUAGACAUAAAUGUCAGCAAAGGCUUAAAUCAUUUAUUGAAAUCUCCUUUUUGCGUCCAUCCGAAAACUGGGAAAAUCUGUAUACCAUUUAAUGCGAGUGCAGUAGAUAAAUUUGAUCCUGAUAAGGUUCCUACGAUAAUGACACUGAUAGAGGAGAUCAAUGCGUACGAUGUAAAGGACAAGGCUGAAGAGGAAACUUAUGAGUUAAAUAAAAAACGAAUUAAAGAUUACAAGAAAACGAGUUUAAACAAGUCGCUGCAUGUUUUUCAAGAAUUCUUACGGCAUUUGGAAGCAGAGCGACGGGAACAAAGAUUAAAAGGAAAAAUUUCAGCUGAUAGUAUGGAAUUUUAAGAGAUUUUACAAAGAUAAAUUGCCUUUUAAAAAUUGCUACUAUAUUUAAUAUUAUUUACAAUCCUUUAAUUUGUAUUUUCAUAGAAAUAAAAAAAAACAUU